AUGAGACGUGAUGGCAUUUCUACUCCUGAACGUUCCCGCUAUAAAAGGGCCGCCGCGGAGACGCGGAGACGCGACAGCGAGUGCGAGGGGCUCGCCAGGGAAGCCUCCGGCCCGCAGCGAUUCGGAGCGUCCGAGAUGAUCAGGUGUUUUUUUCUACUUUGCAGCUCAUUAAAAUUCAACCUUGUCCUCGUCCUGUCCGUCUCCGCGAUGCCCGUGUUUUGGUGCUACCCCGCCCCAUCGCCGAAGGUGUCCGGGACCCCUGACUACGCCCUCCUCCUGCUGGGCUGCUGCCGGGCCCGGGCGGGGCCGGGCGAGGGACUGGACGUCUGGAAGCCGCUGUUGGAGGAGGCGUUGGCGAAAAGGUCCUUCCGCAACGGCGUGGGCACGGGGCUGAAAAAAACUCCCUUCCCAAGAGCAAAGUCAUGA